AUGUCUACUGGUUAUAUACUACUGACAGAUGAUGCAUACGGUCAAGAUUUGUAUAUGUUAAAUAGAUGUUUAGAUGAUAUUGAAUGGUUUGAAAAGGAUUUUAGAAAAAGUUUUAGAUCUUCACCAGACGAACUUGACAAUAAACAGACUGUAAAUGUAAAACAAAAUAAUGAUGAACCGCCAGAUUCUACUGUAGCAAUCGAUUCUUUACAAAAAGUUAAAUAUGCAUUAAAUAUUAUUGAAAAAAUUCGUAAAUCAGUACCAUAUAUAUCAAAAGAAAUUUUUGUUUAUUUAAUAAGAAUUGUACGUAAAGUUCAUACAGUUGCAAAAUCAAAACAAAUUACUAAUUACAAUUCCAAUAUUGUAGUUGAUGUAAUUGAACCAUUAUUGAAUGAAAAUACUAUUACGUCAAUAUUUAAAUUAUUAUCAGUUAAAACAAAAGAAUUAUGGUUAGAUCUUGGACCUGCAUGGAAUACACCAAGCUCAAAGUGGCCCAAUCCAUUGAACAUUUAUAUGCCAAUAUUUUAUCAUCCAUUGAAAAAAAGAUCUAGACAUAGAUCAAAUGAAGUGAUUAGUCGAAAUCCAGUAUUUAAUUCACGAAUAGUUCUGAAAGGAGCAUCAGAAAUCAAUGAUGAAUAUGAACCACGUUUUCAUGGUGGUUUGCGUUAUUUCCGCAUUGAUGAUAAAGAAUAUUUGGCCUAUCAACGAUUUCGAAAAAGAACUAAACAACAUGAUGAAUCUCUAGGUAAAUAUAUUACACGUGAUCCACAAUCAGUUCAUAGUUAUACUAAUAAUAAUAAUAAUAAUAUAAAUGGGAAUCAAGAUUAUGUAAUCAAGUUAUCUGAUCAUCAUAAAAAAAUUGCACUCUGA